AUGGGACUCAACUGCAUGUAUCCAAAAAACCAGGGCAGGAACAAACGACAGGAAAGAGAUAAAAGCCGUCGGGCAACAAUUCAGCGUAACGCGAUCGCCCCAGAACGAAUUGCGUGCGGUGAAACGGAGCCUUGCGUCCGUAACCGCCAAGUAGACUAUGGCAAGGAAUCGGCAUGGGACGACUUGUACGACAUCACGUUCGACAACAGCUCCAUCGACGAAUCUCUGCUUACGUCUUUGAUUAUGGAUACUCCCAUGCAUCACGGCAGAUCGAGCUCGAGUAGUAGUGGUACUGGGAUUUCCGCCGUUGACCUCACAACAAGCGAAUCUUCUUUUCCGGCAGGGGAUCGCAGUGCCACGCUAGCACCGCCUGGCCAGCUUCCGGAACUAUCGACGGCAAACACAUGUUUAACGUCACUACUCGGCCCAUCAGCUACGGACAGCGCAGGCAAUUUGGGAUAUUGGGCUGGACCUCACACGGCGCACGGCGUCAUCGCUUGGGCUAUGAAUACCGAUGAACACGCUACAGUACGCUCGACUUCAGAACCGCCGUCCCUCGAGCUUUGGGACAAAACGCGCACAGAAUCCGACAGCUACUGCUGUCUGAUGAGCUCCAUAUCUUUUGUCGAGAGACUAGUCUCCAACUCUGCUUCGCGCAAGAACCGAAUCGACCUAUUACUCGCCGACGUUCGCAAUGCCAUUGAGACCUUGGCGAUAUUCAUAGCGUGUGAGGGAUGUGCGGCUAGAGUAGAGCAGAACAUGUUGCUCGCCAUGGCGGCCCGCCAAAUAAGCCUCAUCUGCAGAGAGACGGCCAACUGUUACAAGGCCAUGCAUAUGUGUAGUCUCGACGACACAAACUCAUCUCAGCAGAAACCCGAGCCUGAUACCUCUGCUGGUCCCGUCGAAAUUUCCGUGUCGACGUAUCGGGUCAAACGACAUGAGAGGUUACACCUGCUUAAAAGCCUAGUGACUCUCCAGAUUCUAGAGCUUCAGCAGCACGUCAACAAAAUCAAGUCCCGAUAUCGCAAUCGGCCCAAUCAAGGCCAAGUCGAGGCUCUGAUCGAAGCAGAGGACCUUAUCAAGAUAGCGCAGGUUGUGAUCAGCCAUUCGUGA